AUGGCAUCCAGAUCUCCCACAGCUGCCACUCCGCUGCCAAAGUCAUCGGUCGCGCCUGAGACCCCCCUUGCGAGGGAGACCACACCGCAACCUGUGGCGUUUCCGCCGCCACAGACCUUCGACAUUGUCCCGCCGUUACACGGCCUUCUUCUCCGGCUUUUGCCAUCGCACACGAACGCCGGGGGCGUUUCCAACGGCGUGAGACCAGCUGAUGACCCUGGUACAGCUGCAGCCCCUUCCGGACCGUCUUCCACCACCGUCAAUUCAAACCAAUCUCAGCUGCAACAGCAUCAACAAAACGGUCCUGGAGGUGAGAAUAAUCAUGGAGGGUUGCAGACCGUUUCCUCCGGCAGCGCCUCCGCAGCAGCCGAAAUAAGCGCGCUGGGAUCGAAUGCACACCCGUCGCUCGAUAUCAAGGGCCUGCCUACUGAGGUUAGUUCGAUCAAGAUUCGCAUACAGAAAGCGCAGGCAGUCGUGGAAGGUCUACCGGACGUGCAGCGGUCUGUGGAUGAACAGGAGGAGGAAAUUGAGGAACUCGAGGAUCGGAUCACAAGGCUUAAAUCGGUCAUUGCUGAUUUUGGGAAGAGGGCCGCUCCUCAACCCACCGGGAAGUCAAGGCUACAGGUGUCCUGA